AUGCCUCCCCGGCGGCGUAAUAAAGCCAACUCUGCCCGAUCAGCGGCCAUAAGAGCUGUGAGAAAACGACAAGGAGACGAAACUGUUCAAAAUACGUUCAUGAACAACUGCCGAUUCCCCAAUCCCAAAAUGAAUCAAUGUGUUCCUAUUCCGGACAAAAAGACUUCAGUGCACCAUGAAAACGACGACGAUGAAGAUGUCCCAGAUUUGCUGGAUCACAACGACGAUAAAAUAACAGAUGGUGAUUACGAUUCAAGGGGUGAAGACUACAUAUCUGAAGAUGAGGAGGACGAGGAUGUUGAAGAUGAAGAGGACGACGAAGGCUGUUUGCACUGCCAUAGUAUGUCCAACGACAUCCAAGUCCACUGUGAUGAAUGUCAAGCCUAUGUCUGCGAAGAAUGUCAUUGGUGUCACGAAUACCAAGCGAACCAUGAAAUCCGAGUCUGUGAUCGGUGUGAUGCGUUCUACUGUCGAGGAUGUGAUGAAAUGGAUCAGUGCGAGGAUUGUGGGGAGGUCGUGUGCGCAUCGUGUUCAACCCUUUUGAGCUGUAAAUUCUGUGGAGGUGGGCUUUGUGAAGAGUGCGCCACUGCCUGUGGACGAUGUGGGAUUGUUCUGUGCAGCAGAGAUGCCAAGUUUGCGGUAGAAUGCGACACGUGUCGGCUGAGCUAUUGCUUAGUCUGUCUCGCUUCCGGAUCCAAAGACCCAUGCGUUAGAUGUGGGCAUCGUCCAAGCAAAAGAAUGGAGCAGCUGGUCCAUCUAAGGCUGAAAAGCAUAUACAAGGCCUUUAAGCAGUCCAGUUCCAACCCAUCAGGUAAAAUGGGUCCGUAUGGUGGACAUGCCGGACAUGCCGGAAGGAAUACAACCACCAUUGAAGAGCUAGAAGAUUAUGACGGUGAAGACUAUGAACCCGACUCGAGUAUACUCAUGGCCGCAAAAGCAGCAAGUGGUCACAUGUCGGAUCCAACGACGUCGGCUUUACAUUAUGCCGCUAGAGAAAUGGAUCUGGAGCAUGCUCUUGUUGAAAACUACAUACAAGAAAAGCAAAAAGCAGAUGCCGCGGCAGAAGCACUGUUAGCCGAGUUGGAAGAAGAAGAAGAGGCUGCCAAGUCCAAGAAAUCUAAGAAGAAGAAAAAGAAAGAGCGCCAACAAGCAAUCAAACGAGAGGAAGAAGAAAAGAAACGUCAUGAGGACGAAGCCAAGGCAAAGAAAGCAGCGGAGCAAGCCAGGAAAUUUCAAAAGAAGCAGGAAGCCAAGUCUAGAAAGAAGGAUGCAUCGUCAAUGUCUGCGUCUCCAUCCGAUCAAGCGGCAUCAUUGGCACCCAAGCAGUCUGCGGAGUUGGGAUCGCAAUUUGAUGAAAUCGAAGUGAAGCUAUGUCAGCUUAUCGAAAAUGGUGAUUGCGAAGGUAUUGAUGAGAUAUUGUUUGCACUGAAAGGAGUUCCAGGCCGAGCAGCACUUCGAAAGAAUGCAAAGAAGGCAUUGAAACGUCUUCGAGCGAAAGAUGCACCUGAUGAAGCUGAAGAAGUCUUCCAGAACAAAUUGCCAAUCAAAACCACCGAAAGCAUCUCAUCAAAGAGUAUGAAGACACCGCCAUCCGUCCCACCGAAGAAUCCGCCAAAAAUUGCUACUACGAAUACGACGGGUACUCGUUUGAAGGUUGUUUCUGGUACGCAUGCAUCCAAAUCCAAUCGCGACGAGUGUGUAAUGCAAAUGUCGUCUACGCUUGUAGGCUGGGUGAUUGGAAAAGGUGGUCAGAGAAUUCGUGACAUGAUGGAGGAGAGUGGGGCAAAAAUUUGGAUUGAUCAGGAGAAGGCCAAGGCACCUGAUUGUCGCAACGUGUAUGUCAGCGGAGAAAGAAAGUGUGUUGAGAAAGCUGUAAAGAUGGUCCACGAGCUAGUUAACAAAGCACCAAUUGGGCAGCAUCAGCAGCAAACAGAGCAUCUGCCGCAGACAAACAAGCCUUCUCCAAUUCCUACUCAAAAGCACUCAAUUCAAGAGCCAUCGAAACCUCCAGUCGCAACCGUACAGAAGCAAGCUGAGCCAGGAGCUAUUGCCAAUGAACCGGCCAGAUUAGUCGAUGCGACACCAGCUGUGAACUCUGUCGAGAAUCCUAUCCACCUGCCCGAACCUGCUCACGAUUCAUCCGAAAUGGAUCAGAAACCAGCGUUCCAGCAGAUGCUGACAUGUGAGGCCUGCUUUGUCCCACUACUGAUUGGAAAACGUGGCUGGACCAUAAAGAACAUUCAAGACGAAAGCGGAGCACGUGUCGACAUUGACCAAGCGGUAACUCCCCGUCAGAUCAGAGUAUCUGGUUCCAAAGCAAACGUGGAAAUUGCCAUUCGGAUGGUUCGAGAUGUCUUGAGUUAUCCUCAUGCCCAACUUCAACAGCCAGCCGAUACAGAAGGCUCCCAGGCACAUCCAUCACACUUGAUUCCAGAUGCGAAUGGGCUUUUGUCGGCGUCUUCUUCUCAUUCGGCUACCCCAGAACAUGUGAUGAGGACUGCACAGCCACCCUACUCCAUGCCACCCGGCCAGAUGAUUCCACCUUCUAUUCACCACCAACAGAUGUCAAUGAAUCGCACUGGUGCUCGUCCUGUCCAUCCAGGAUUAAGCGCGGGCCCACCAUUCCUCAUGGGUCCUCCACCAAGUAUUACAGGCAUUGGUAUGCCUCCGCAGUUAUUGCAAGGUCCACCACCUCAAUUCUAUGGUCAAAGAGAUGGUGGUAUUGGUCAAGUGCAACCGCCAGGUGACUUUAUGAUGGGUGGUGGAAUGAGAGGUGUUCCUCCUUCUUCUGCUGGCUUGCCACAAAAGCCAGUAGUACCCAUGGCGCCACCAUCACAGCAACAGCAUCAGCAAUUCCCUCAGUUCGCCGUAGCAAUGGAUGCUGCUGGCGGACGUCCUGGUGCGCCCCAAUCACAAGGACUGUGGAACCCGCCAAGUUCUUCCUACAUGAACGGCGAUGGAUUGAAUGCUGGUCGAAAUGCCGCCCCCGCUGCUGCUGCCAGUAAGUCACUCUUUGUACCUGGUCCUGGACCGGAAUCAGCACUUCCUGUGCGGCAGCAGGAUUCAGAUUUGAUCGACAGCCUCUUUGGUCCUGCGGACAAGUCCAAGGCUGAUGAUGCCCAGAUUGAUGCCCUUUUUGGAUUGAGUGCGCUAUCCAUUGAUGACAACAAUAGUGCGGCGACUGGUGAGUUGGGAGGAUUAUGGGGCCCGUCGUCGUUGACGGAGCUGGUUGGUUCUUCUGAUCCAGCCGACGCUACCGCCGAAUCGUCCUCAAAGAACAAUCUUCAUCAACAACAACCACAGCAGCAAGAGGAGGCACCACCAUCCGCAGCAGCCCUGCCAGGCCUUACGGAGUCUUUCUUGCAACGUGGUGGACCGGCACUUCAACACCCUCCAGAGUCUCGUUUUGAUUGGAGUUCCAUGGGCUAG